AUGUCUGGUCCCUCGACGGAGCAAUUCUAUCCCGAGGGCGAGUUCAACCUCCAGCCUUCUGGUAACUACACCUGCCUCACCCGAGUCGAAUGGCACCCCAACAAGGGCAUGCUCACGCUGGACGCGCUGAUGGGAUCGCUGAAGGACGAGCUGCAGUAUGCCGACGUGAAGAGGCAGCUGACUGAACUGCAGAAGACGAAGAACCUGCUCGCACAGCCCCUGGAUCAGCCUAUCAAGCAGAAGCUCACGCGCGAGGAGGCCUAUGAGAAGAAGAAGGAAGAGAUCACCGACAAGUGGGAGACCACCGUCCGGGAGAACCGAAAGGCCGAUCACCUCAAAUUCCCGUUUGCCGAGCCGGCGCCAGAGAAGCUCACCGCAGCCAAGUUGGCCCUGAUCGACACGCCCCAAAACGAUCUGGAGAGGGGCAUUGCCGACAUUCUGGCGCAGUCCGGAGUUACGAAGCAGGCGAUCGAUCACUUCGAGGGCCUCGACAUGAACGAACUCAGCACCGACGAGGUCAAACAGAGGGAGGCGCAGAUCAAGAAGAUGAAGGCCGUCCUGUUCUACGAGGAGUCCAAGGCCAAGCGGAGGAAGAAGAUCAAGUCCAAGGCGUAUCAUCGCAUUCUGAAGAAGCAGAAGCAAAAGUCCGCGAUGUCGCUGGACGAGCUGGGCCAGCUGGACGAGGAAACGGCGCGCGCAGAGGCCGAGAAGAUCGAGCGCCUCCGAAUCCAGGAGAGGAUCACCCAGAGGCACAAGAACAAGGGCAAGUGGGCGCAGAGACAACUGACGCGAGGCCACCUCGACACCGAGACCCGCCAGGCCAUCUCGGAGCAGAUCAAGAUCAGGGACCAGCUGUUGAAGAAGCAGAUGAACGCGAACGAGGAUGACGAUGCCGAUAUUGACGACAUGAACGAGGAGGAGCUGCAGGAGGCCCUGGACAUGCUGGAGAAGGAGGAGGCGCCGCAGGUCACCAAGGGAUUGAUGGGAAUGGACUUCAUGAAGCGCGGUCAGAAGCGGCGCGCCGACGAGAUGCGGGAGGCCAAGGAGGAGUGGGAGCGGGACAUGGAGGAGAUGAUGCGCCAGCGCGACGCCGACAGCGACGACGAGAACCUCGAGGCCGAGGCGAAGGCGCCCGAGGAGACCGAGGUGAAGGGCAGGCGCACGGUUCAAAAGGACCUGGGCACCACGCAGGCCGGGUCGUCUGGUUCGUCGGCGCCGGUCAAGUUCUCGGGCGCCACCCACCAGACCGAGAAGGCCGCCCUCUCCAGCGGCCGCACCGUCAGGAUGAGCGGUCACGCCACCAUCGACGUGCCCGCUCUUCUCAAGAAGGGCACCAAGCAGACCACGAAGGAGCCCGAGAUCGCCAACAUUUUUGCCGUGGAGGAGUUCCCCGACGUCGAGGGUGCGGGACCCGUCGUGCAUGACGUGAACAAGACGAAGGACGAGGUGGCGGCCAUCCUCAAGGAGAGCGAGGGCCAGGCCGAAAGCAAGCGAACCAACAAAAAGAAGAAGGUGAAGAAGGCCAACAACGGCGAGACCCCGGAGAAGAGCAAGGCCGCCCCGGCCCGGAAGCAGACUCCCACCAAGGCCGCCGCCGUCAGCAGCAGCGCGUCGUCGGAAGUCGAUACGCAGACGACGGUGGAGGAGGAAGAGGCUCUGGCCUCGCCCAAGCCCAAGGGUCCGCUGUCGGUGGCGCACAUCAAGGCCCCGACCGCUCGCCCGCAGGCCGUGCCCGACGAAGAGGACGAGGCCGACCACAUCUCGACCACGACCACCACCACCAAGACGUCGCGCCACGCUCCCCGAAACCCGGAGGUGCACGACAUGGAGAACCCGUGGAUGAAGAGGUCGUCGGCCGCGACGGGCGUCGUAGCCAAGAAGACCGCGCACUCGGUCAUCACCGCUUCGCACGCCGGCACCACCGCCGACGACAAGGUGUCCAAGAAGCAGAAGAAGGAGGCGCUCGGCAAGAGGCAGCAGGCGGAGACCACCCUCAAGAUCAACGUGGAGCGGCUCAUCACCGAUGUGGCCUCCGCCCAGGUCAAGGAGCACGACGACGACCGAUCGGGCGCCGACAGCGGUAACGGGUCUUCUUCUUCGUUCAAUCUGCUGGCGUCGGCGACCGAGGAGCAGAAGGAGCUCAUCAAGCGGGCCUUCGCCAACGACGACGUGGUCGAGGAAUUCAAGGCGGCCAAGCGAGCGGAACUGGAGGCCGACGCUCCGGCUCCGGCCAAGCCGACGGUGAUGCCCGGCUGGGGCGCGUGGGUGGGCGAGGGCGUGACCAAGCCUACGCGUCCGCCCAAGAAGCAGCCGCGCAUCCAGAAGCCCAAGCGAGCCAAGGACGGGCUCCCGGUCAAGCCACCCACCAGGACCGACGACGGCCUCGACCACGUCAUCAUCAACCAGAAGCGAGACAAGAAGUUCGCGCGCUAUCGGGCCGACCAGCUUCCCUCGACGUUCCGAAAGCAGCCGGAGCUCUACGAGGCGCAGCUCCAGACGCCCCUCGGCAGGGAGUGGAACACGCAGCACGUCUUCAACAGCAUCACUCGCCCUCGCAUCGAGACGAAGGCGGGCCACAUCAUCCGACCCAUCUCGCAGCCCCUCGCCAAGAAGCAGAAGCAGGAGGAGGACCAGGGCGAGCCCGUCAACCGUGGUGCUGCCGUCGCCGGCAACAAGCGGAAGCGAGCCGACACCAAGAACGCCAAGCAGACCGCCAAGAAGUGA